UUCCUAACCCAUACCAUAUCUGUUGUUUUGCUACUUCUAGAGGAAAAAAGUCUCUUAACGUGCCACCAAUAAAAUAUUACUUUCAACUCUUUUUAGCCAUUUUCCAUUUCCGUUGCCCCCAUUCGCUUAAAAAUUCGCUUAAAAAUUAGUUCUGGUAGAUCGAGUGCACUUGCCCUAAGCGAUGACCUGUUCACCCGAGCACCAAAUCGGAGAUCCUGUCUACGUCAGGUCGUUUACUUCGGCGAAUUAAUCUGUAAUACUUCUUCAAGUUUCUACCAAUUAUGGAGAAAAGUCUUAUGAUUGCCUCGGCUAGCGCGCUAGGUGCUUCUGCUCUGACGUUACUGGCUUGUCGUUAUCUUUCCAAUAGAUGCGAAGCGCACGAUAACGUGUAUGAGACAGAAAAAUUUUUCGGGGAAUAUCUUAUUUUCCACUUUGGCAAACCAGAUGAACUGUUACCAUAUGGCUUUGGUCCUCAUGACUCUCUUGAUUUUCCCAAGCGAUGUGCAUUGGAGUGUAUUAAACAUAUUGGGGAUAAUGUGCCGAGCAUUGCUCUCGACAUAGGAUGUGCUGUUGGUCGAUCUUCAUUUGAAUUAGCCAAGAGGUUUGAUCAAGUUGUAGGAAUUGAUUUUUCCCAUGGUUUUAUUAAUGCCUGCAAUCAACUCAAGACUUAUGGAAGAUUGGAGUACUCUGUCCAAACUGAAGGAAGUCUUGUGUCUAAACAUGUUGCUGAGGUUGAUCUUGACAUUGUAAGUAAGUCACAUUGUACAAUGUUUGUCUCAGUGGGGUUACAAGUGAGAAAAGUCAUCUCAACAAUGUAGGUGUUUCUACUUUGUAUUAGCUGGGGAAAUACUAAGAUAUGAUAUUGACCAAUCAUAAGAUCUGAUUGGCUGGAUGUUAGUGAAAUGAUCAUUUUACACAUAGUACUUAAUUUAUUUCAUUUUAAUUUUUUUGUAUUGGCACAGCAUUGUUGUUGUUUUUUUUUAGAAGGC